GAGUUCUCGGCCAGUAAAGAAAUUGAGUCAAGACAAUGACUCACAAAGUUCCGGCGAAGAGGAUGAUGAUGAUGGUUUUGAAAUUUUAACAGCUGAAAAUUUAUUCUCCACACUAUUACAACGUGUGCGUGCCUUGACAAAUCGCAUGAACGUUAAUAAUGAUCUUACCUCCGCUUUUCCAAGCUCAAGUCGUUUACUAAGCAAUAUGAGACAGACUCAGAGUCCAUUUUGGAAUCAGGAUCCAUUUGGCAGAACUAAAGUUAGUUAUACAUAUAGUGAAACAAUCGAAAAGAAACAAGUCCGACUAAAUACCGCCGCCAAUAGUAUGGGUGUACCAUGGCGUCACAGUAUGUCACGGGAUUUAGGCAGUGACAUGGAAUCCAUGUUCUCACGUACCGGUGCAACACUGCCAAGAGCCGGCUUUACCAUUGCCACAUCAAAAUCGCAUGAUCCUAAUAGUUUAAGAAGUUCCUCAAUCUCCACCAACUCCUCCUCUUCGACAUGUUCGACAAAUGCCACAAUACCCCAACACAGUAACAGCAACACUACUACCACAUCUAAUACAGCUGGUAAUACUACAACAACAACAACAACAAAAAUUAUCAAAACCCUACCAACAACAAUAGUCACAACAACCGAAACACGGACAACGACUAAACCGAAAUUAUUAACAAAUAGUAAAUCAAGUAACUCAGACAAGAAAUCCAAAUCGAUUGAUGAUGGUAGUCAAUUGCCGGAUGAACCAUUAGAUUUGGCCGACUUAGAUUUAUCCCGCUUGCGUUUGAGUAAAACAGACUUAGAAACCCUGUCGAGUAUUGCUCCAGGACUGCCAAAAUGUUUUCAAGAACAGCUGCUGGCCAAAUUGCCGCCAACUCAAGCCCGCAAAUUAUCACGUACCCUAAGUGUACAGGCUGGGCAGUGUCAGCCCACAAGGAUAUAUAAACGUAGUCAGAGUAGUGGCAGAACCACAUUACCUAAAACUGAAGAUGUGAAAGAUUCAAAAAGUCGCGAAGUUAAAGAGAAAAUUAUUGAAAAUGUCAACGGCUUAAGAGGUGAAGAGGAUGCCAAGACUGCGGCUGAACCACCAACUCAGGAAUGUUCUGGCAAAGAACCCUGCCCUUUGUACACUAGUGAGGUUAAUGAAAAAUACAAAUACUAUUCGCCAUAUGUGAAAAAGUCCAGCAAGGAUAUUUUGACGGCCACGGAAAUACCCUCCUCAAUGUUGGGAAGACCACCCAGUGGUCGGUUAUCACCCUCAGCCUCGGUGGUGGAAAAUACAGGAGCUGUGGCCAAACGUCCCUCACAACGAAGAAUAUCACGACUCUUGCGUCCCGACUUUAUGGAACAACCUUUGGAGGAAUCACCCAUUGAGGCAAGUGGCCUAACUCCGGAGGAACCUGUCAAAACCCCCUGUUUGGAGACUCCACCAGAAAUGUCGGCUAGUAAAUUGAAGCAUACCCGUCAUGCUCGCAAUAAAAGUUUAGAUUUAUUUUCGGAAAAAUCCGAAAUGUUGGGUACUCCAGGAACGGAGACCUUAAAGAGGAAUCGUCGAAGUUUGUCACGACCUCGGGAAUUUGAUGAAAGUGAAAAAUUGGCCAAACAUGAAUUGGCUGAUAAAAUCCUACAGGAAUUGCAGCUGCUGUCGACCAUGAGGUCGCAGCAGGAGAGAUUGGUGGAAGAGGAGAGUAGUGGUGAUAUUACGGAACCCACUUUGGUGGAGAAUAAAGACAAAUCCACCACCACCUCCACAGCGACUUUGAAAAAAGUGAAGAAAGUUAAACCCAAGGAGAAAUCCACUGAGUCCUCCACAGAUAACGAUAAGACCAUAACGAACAGUACGACGACCACCACAGUUGUCAAGAAGGUGAAAAAGGUGGUGGUGAAAAAAUCUGCAGAUCCCGGCACUCCAAAAACCCCGCUGGCCGAUAACAUUCCAGGAAGUGAUGCAGCUUCCAAAUCUCUUAUCACGGAUUUGUAUUCUCCCAAAAAUGUGUCCAAACUGAAACGGCCCAAAUCAUAUCCCACAAAGGAUUCAAAUACUGGCGAUAGUCCUGGUCAGGGACAAAUGGAAAGUGGGGUGGGCUCAAAUAAAAUAGGUUCCUCCAACAUUUCGGUUCCCAUUGCUGAAACUCCCACAGAAAACUCCACUUCCAGUGGCCAGGAAUUGAAUAACAUUAGCGGUACAGCCACCCUGCAAAGAGAAAGUCGCCUGCUAAGACCAAAAAGUUAUCCUACCUCAAAGUUAAUGGCGCCCAAGGAGCUGAAAAAGCCCUCAAAAUCCCGACUUUCCAAUGUGGAUGGUGGCCAAGGUCUGGAAGAAGUUAGUAAUCCACCCAGUGGUUCCCUGCUGAAACCCAGUGCCACCACCCCAACCUCUUCAAGUAACCAUGAAGGUGGCCUUUCCGUCACCAUAAUGCCCGAAGUUCCGGCUCCCAAGAAAUUAAUAAAAAUUACCAAAAAAUCGAAACUCUCACCACCAACAGCCACAGCCAUUAGUUCGAAUAGUUCCGCAAGUAAUACGAAUUCCAGUGUGGGUGAUGAUUCCAAGGAAUCGAGCCCAGCCACACCCAAUAAUGCCAAAGAACCUGCCAAGGUGGCAGCGGUCGCGGAAAAGAAACCCAAUAAGGGUCUACUCUAUGCCAUUGGCCAGAAAUUUGAAAAGUUAAGAGCUUCCGCAACCAGUAACUCAUGUGCCAAUAUACCCACUCAGAAGAAGGCCAUUGCAGCAUCCUCCAGCGGCGCCGCAGCCACCUCAUCCAACAACAAUGAAGGCUCUCAGAGCACUUCGCCCGAAAAGACCACGGGUAAAUAUUCCUUUGUCAAGAAAACCAAAUCCCUUGGAAGUUCGGUAAGCAAAAAAUCCUCGACACCCUCGGGUAACCAAGCACCUGGAGAAGGUAACACUCCUGGCUCCAAGGAUUCGAAAACUCCCAGUGGUGAUGCCUCGGCGAAACCUGUGAAAACCGAUAAACGUUCCCGCAUAGAUGCCAUGAUCAGAAAUCUACGAGAACGGUCGGUGCCUCGUUCCCAACCUAUCAUACACUCCGAAUCGACUUAUAUCAAGAGGGCGGUGAGUGUGGAAGAAAUGCCGGGGACCUUUAAUCGUAAAUCCGUCAACAGGGUUUUGGGUCUGUUCAAGCGUUACGAAAAGGAUAACAGUGCAAAUAGGGUGCGUACCGCCCGAUCGGCCAGCAAUAUUCAACGACAGAUCAACGAUUCCGCAGAUACCUCUCCCAUCUAUCAAAAUGCCGAUGCCAUAAUGAAAUUGAAAGAGAAAUCAGAUGAGCUGGAAAGGAAAUCCACCGAGAAGAGUCGCAGUGGUAAAUCAUUGGCCCAAUGUAAUUGUGGCCCACCCUCCUCCACCACCUCCACUCCAGCCAACGAUCUCUCCAAUUGCCCAGAGUGUCUUGAAAAUGCCCUGGCCACGAAUAAAAUUAAAGCUCAAAAUUCUUUCAACUCCCUGGAAGCCAACAAAACCGCUCAGGGUAAUAAAGAUCGACGCAAGGCUCUAAUGUUGGAGCUAUCCGACAAAUCGAUGAAUCAAGUUCCUGAGAAUAAUUCGGCAACAGGACGUAACCCCAAGAAAUAUUCCUAUAUCAACGACAAUGAAAUCUACUCAAAUCUGCCACCCUAUCCUCGGGGAGCUGCCACACUACACAGUUCCUCAUCGAGCAAAAACAACAACAUAGGCAAUGGAAAUAACAACAACAACUUACCAUCUUCCUACAACAAUAACAGCUCCUCGCUGCUAAGUCAAACGACCGGAUAUCGCAGCAUGACCUCCACUACUCUUCAUGAUCCCAACCACUCCGCCAACACCACCACCAUGACCUCAAACUCCUCCUCCUCGAACCAAAAUAAUAAUCUCAUUUCACCCUCCUUCGAUAAUAUUGCCAAUUACUCAUCGGAUUCCAGAAGUUAUCAAGAAGACUGUGCCUCCACAACCUCCACAUUUCGUUCUCCGACCGAGGAGCCGGAACUCUACUUCGACAAUUGGUCGGUUUGUUCCGAGGAUAAUUAUCGUAUGCAUGGUGGGGCCACACCCUCACCCACGGUGUCCCGAUUAUCGCGUACAUCCCAAGUAUCAUCACCCACCUCCCGACGUGGUGGUGGUAAUGGAGAUGGUGAAAGUUCAGAUCCCAAUGAAAGUAUUGUGGAUCGCAUACGACGUCGAAGUUUCUAUUGUCGUUUCAACGAAAAGAAACCGAAGAGAACGAGUAGCAUUGUUGGCCCCAAUGCUGUGCGUGAGUAUUAUCGUGAACAGCAAGCGGCAGCCAAGACAAGAUCUUCCAACAAAAUUUACCCCGAAGAGAGAGCACGAUCCCCUGAUAUAACACAAGAAUUUUUCCGACCCCUAAAACUCAGUCCCAUUGGCACCGAACUUAAACCACCCGUAUAUAAAUCUCCCUAUACAUCGAGUAGUAGCACCCAUGAAUAUACCCUUACCCCGGGACGGCCCCGCAAAAGUCUCAAUGAUAUACGAGCACCCACAUCACCAUCGGGUUUAUCAGAGCGACGUUACACCAGUGCCGCCAGUUCCUCCUAUAACACUCCAGAAAAAGAUAUUAUGCCACACACUGCCAUAUUGUCGUCACGUUAUAAAACCACAUUACCCGAUGAUUCCGGUAGUAAAUUGGCAUCCACAACUGCAUAUUAUAAUACCUAUAAUCCGAAACGGCGUUUCUCCUAUAACACAGCCACCCAUGGCAGCAGCAGCGGAAGUACUAGUGCAGCAGCAAAUGGCGGUGGUGUUGGUACCUCCUCGGCGGGCAGUAAUUUGACCUCCACCGGUGGUCAUAUUGAUGGAUAUGCCACAAUGGGUCGAAGGCCAAUACGUGCCUAUGAUCAUCGUACUAUGUCUCUCUUAGAGCCUGGCAGUUCUAGUAGUUAUCGACAUGAAGCGAGCACACCUUUACGUGAUUAUACCACAAGUUUAUCGAGAUCCAAUUCCCGUUAUCGCACCCAAUCCACAUCGCGCAGUCCCACAAACAUUUGAUGUACCACACCGCAAAAUGGUUUUUGCAUAUUCUGUUAUUAUGCCCAGGAGAGGAAGCGACUUAAUAUACCCAGUUCAUCAUCGGCCUCAUCGAAAGGUAGUUCGAGUAGAAGAACCGGUGGUGGUGGCGG